AUGGCGUCGACCACGGUUCAACCUCAGGCUCAGCGUCGAUCGAGAGAAGACAGAGUUGGAAGCAGCUUCAAGAAGCAAGAGGAGAUUGGACGAGGAAGCUUUGCAACUGUCUACAAAGCAACACAUACAGACGCUUCGGGUCUCGAAACGCUAGUGGCAAUCAAAUCUGUUAAUAUGGGCAAGCUAAAUAAGAAGUUGAAAGACAAUUUGACCUCUGAGAUUAGUAUUCUCAAGAGCCUACACCAUCCUCAUAUCGCUGGCCUUAUCGACUGUAAGGAGACUAGCCAGCACAUCCACCUCAUCAUGGAAUAUGUUGCUCUGGGUGACCUGUCGCAAUUUAUAAAGAGAAGGGAGCAGAUCAAGGACAGUGACUAUGUCGGCAACAUGAUGGUCAAAUAUCCCAAUCCAAGAGCUGGCGGUUUACACGAAGUCGUUGUUCGUCAUUUUCUAAAACAGCUGGCGGAUGCUCUGUCCUUCCUUCGGCUACGAAACCUCAUCCAUCGUGACGUGAAACCACAGAACCUGCUUCUCAAUCCUUCGCCAGAGUAUUUCGCUCGAGCUCAGCCGAGUCCCAUGCCCUACCAGGUCGCAGACGAUUCGCUUGAGCCAACUUGCGGCAUUCGAUCACUUCCCAUGCUCAAAAUCGCCGACUUUGGUUUCGCUCGAUCUCUACCCUCCACAUCGCUCGCCGAAACCCUGUGUGGCUCGCCCCUAUAUAUGGCUCCUGAGAUUCUCCGUUACGAAAAGUAUGAUGCAAAGGCGGAUUUAUGGUCUGUCGGUACUGUACUCUACGAGAUGGUUACAGCUCGACCUCCGUUCAGAGCUGCUAACCAUGUUGAACUUCUGAGAAAGAUUGAGAAGACGAACGACGUAAUCAAGUUUGGUGAUGACAUCGUGGUGUCCUCGGAGAUGAAGAAGCUGAUACGUUCCCUGCUCAAGAGAGAUCCUCGAGAACGAGUGUCUUUUCCCGACUUUUUCGGUAAUGAGAUCAUUACUAGGCCUAUUCCAGGACUCGUCGACGAGGAUCUGCCACCUCAGAUCAGCACUGCGAGACCCACCGAUACUGCUCGAAGACGCUUGAGCCGAACAGAACCGGCUGAUAUGGCAAGACCAGGCAAGAUUCAGGAGUUGGAAAGUCCAUACCAAGACAGUCAACCAACACGGGCUGACCCAGUACGGCGUCGAUCAUCCCUCACAACUAACAGACGCCUAUCCAACUUGCAAGACACCAGAUCUGUGCCUGCAAAUCAACUCCUAGACGCUGCCAGUCCGAAACGGGAGGGCUUUGACAGCCGCUCGCCGAGUCCUAACAUCCCUCGACCAGCUUUCAGCUCAACCCGAACAGCACCUGGCAGACAAGAACUCAUGGGCACCAACCCUGCUCCAGCGUCUGAAGCUAUGACCCGACAGCCAAGCGGCGGUCGACCUAAGCAACCAUCUUUGCUACGACAACAAGUACAACAGCAACAUACAGACCCAGAGGCGGAAAAGAUCGCACAAGACAUUGCUUUUGAAAGAGACUACGUUUUGAUUGAGAAAAAGGCUGUUGAGGUGAAUGCGCUGGCUGAUGAGCUCGCAGCUAAUCCUCGUGUCAAUCGGAACGCCUAUGGUGUAUCAGCACCUGCGAACACAAGUGCAGGCACUAUGGUUCGUAGAGCUACACAACAAGGUCCACCAACCUCGACUACUGGAGCACAAACUACUGCUUCACGAGCUGUGCAGAUAGCACAGGGCAAAAGACCAGACGGAAUGCAUCAAAGAUCGAACAGCUAUGAGCGUCGAUACGGUCCAAGUGCUGGCUCUGCUACAUCCGCCAUAUCUCGUGCCCUGACCCUGGCAAGUGGUCGACUUUUUGGUGGUGGCUUCUCUCCCCCUGUCAACUUUGGGCGAGGAGGACGAUCACCCCCAAUCGGGUACAACCCAUUUCCAAUAUAUCCAGGCACUGGUAGCAGUCUCAUUGUCGUAGGAGACUCAAAACCUCUCGCUGUGGACGAGGACACAAGAUAUGUUCAGCAGGUCGAAGAGCUAGCCACUAGAAGUGACGUCGUCUUCGGUUUUGCUGAAGUGAAAUACAAGCAGUUGACUCCUGCUAUUCCUUCACCAUCGCAACCCAGUCUCGGUCCUAGAAUGCUUCCGAAUGAGGACACAGAGGAUACUGAUGCUGCUGCCAGUGACGAUCUCACAGUAGAAGCUCUUGUGCAGGUCUCCGAAGAGGCCUUAGUGCUCUACGUGAAGGCUCUGACUCUACUGCAAAAGGCAAUGGACACUGCAGGACGCUGGUGGAAUCGCAAGAAAAGAGAUGGCGAUAAUGCAGCGAUAGUUUCGGCUCGAGGUGGAAAUCCUUCGACAGCAGCUUCCCAGCGCAUGAACAAUGUCGUUCAAUGGACACGCAGCCGCUUUAACGAGGUUCUGGAGAAGACUGAUUUGGUACGUCUAAGGCUGAUCGAUAGCCAGAAACGGUUGCCAGAGGAUCACGCUUCGCAUCCUAAUAAUUUACAUGCUGUUGGUUCCAGUGCAGGCCUGGGCACAUCAGCAGACCAAGUUGUUGUUACAAGCGGAGUAACUGCUGAGAAACUGAUGUACGAUCGAGCAUUGGAGAUGAGUCGCACUGCAGCAAUCAACGAGCUUACAGGUGAAGAUCUGUCAGGAUGCGAGAUAAGUUACGUCACGGCUAUACGAAUGCUUGAGGCGGUGUUGGAAAGCGAGGACGAAGCCGAAUUUGCAUCUUCUCUUCGUGCAAACAAGCAAGAUGGUGUCGUGGGUGUUCCUGGCCUGGAGGCUGAAGAUCGAGAUACUGUUGUACAUUUGGUCAAACACAUUCGCGGUCGACUUGACGCCUUGCGCAAGAAGUUGCAUAUUAUCAAUAAACGAGCUUCGGCACCAGCUAUUGGCACACCACGGCAGGCUAGUCCACCAAUACCACAUCGCACAAGCAGUCCAAUGCUGCAGAAGUAA